AUGUUGAAUUCGAGUGACAAAAGAGUUCCAAACAGUCUGUGCAAAGUAAAUAUCGGAGUGGCAAAAGUAGCGGUCGUCAACGUAACUAGUGAACCCAUAGUAAUGAGAAAGGGCCAAGAAGUAGGUAAAUGGGAGAAUGUUUACUGGGAUGAUCUCCGCUUCAGAGAUACCCCAACAGACCUACUAUGCAGCCAAGGCAAACCCAUGUCCGCAGAGAAAAGGUUAGAUACCUUACUCGAGUCGUUGGUCAAGAAUAGAAAUGGAAGAAUGCUAUCACCUCAGAUGCAAAAGAUUGUAAGGGAUAGCAAUCAGGUUUUUGCUGUAGAGGAUAGCGAGUUGACACAGACCUCUUUAGUGACUCACGAUAUUAACACGGGUGACACCAAACCAAUCCGACAGAAGACCCGACCUGUUCCUAUCGGUGCCCGUGAUGAGUUUAAGGAUAUUCUGAGCAGUCUACUACAAAGAGGAAUCAUCGAACAUUCAACAUCCGAUGUCGAAACACAAGAAACGUCCCAAUGGCUAGAUGAGCUACGCAGUGACGUCGACUAUGGACCAAUAAUUGCUGCAUUAGAGGAAGGAAACCUCGACAAAGAGGAAUUGACAGCCGUGGCAGGAAUCAAGCAUUCCAUCACCAAGGGUUACAACUCCAGGGAGAACGGUGUCAGUGAACGUGCAAUUGGAACCAUACAGCGGAUGCUGAAGAAGAAGGUAGGAACUACACCGACAAAUGGGAUGAAGGAACUCGAGUUCGAUGUUCCGGACGAGAGUCACAUGUUGCCACACGGACAUCCUAAUGCAUCUACGCAUGCACCGUGGACAAGACUAUGCCGCGGACAAGACUUUCCGGCGUUCAAGGGAGGACCCAGUUUUGCGCUGGCAAACUGCUGCGUAUCCAAGACCAUGACAGCGGCCGAUUUGAUCGCAGUUUUACCUCACCCUGCCAGGGCUUUGCCCAUUGAAUGCGUGUUGGAGGCGGCUCGAGUGUUCGCCAUUUGGAUGCAAACAGGAUCGGUGGCGCUGAAAACCCAGCGAAUCAUGAAUUUGGAUGAUAGAGUCGUUGACCCGCGCUCACUUGGUUUUGCAUAUGCGGUCUUUCGAAAAAAAUGCGCCCAUGUUAGCACAAUGGCGAGAGCCAUCGAACCAGCCACCAUUAUGAGACACGGAUCCUUGUCGAGGGGAUGGCCAACGGUGCCGCAAAGGAUUUUUGAGUUGGGUUGGUUAGUGGCGAGAAAGCUGGAUAAGAAUGAUUUCGAUUUGAAUUCAAUGAUGGACAGAAUACACAAUCGUAUUCUAAUCGUCGUGCCCAUGGUACUCAGGAGGAUGGCGUGGAUGUCCGGUGGUUGUCGCACGCGUGUAUUCUUUUAUGGCGAUUUUUCGGCCAUCAAAACGAAGAUGGAUAGUUUGUUCACGGACGAUCUUGGGGCAGUCGUGCUGAUCCUGCCGCCAGAAGAACCGCGCAAGGUCACGAGCUGGCUUGCGAUCAUGUCAGCUAUUAAUCUGUGGACUACAUGUGGCACGCAUGUCUACCUUGUGAAUGGUCCGAGGACCGUAAACAUAGUGAGUUGGGAGCACGUUACCAUGAAAAUGCGAGCCCACAUUCUCAGUUACGUGUCGGAGCAGCCGGAACAUGCGCAACUUAUCGUGGAUGUUCUUCAGCAGAAUAUUGGAGUUAUGGACCCGCGUGCGGCUUGGGCGGCUGUCGGAGUACUGAAAAAUGCCACGGAGUGGAUGUCAGAAGAAUCCACGCGCACAUUUUACCAAUUCCUGCGGUCUCAACUGGAACCCCUGUUGACUCUGGAAGAGCUUCGUUUGGCACCGUUUCGCGCGCACAAACGAAAGGAGCCUGGACUGCCGGCACCUGUAGAGGAAAGCUCUGAAAGGACCUCAGGGGGUGGGUAA